UCCGGUAGUUUCUGCCACACGAAGUUGAUCAGCACUGUCAGAUCAACUGUGUUUGAACUCGACACAAGAACUGACAUUUCCCAGUAUGACGGAGGAACGAAAUUUUAGAUCAUGUUAUUACGACAAGUGCGGAUUUCGAGCUGUUGAGGAAAAGAAAUCCAUUGAAAUCUUGUUGAAAGAGCAGCCGAUGGAUGUGGAAAAACUGUCCCAGUUUUGUCUCCGAUUUCCAGUGCCCACUAAAUACAGACAUUAUGUUUGGAAAAUUCUCCUGGGCGUGUUGCCCUCCCACCAGCCGUCCCACACAUAUGUCAGUCAGCAACACCGGGCCAUGUACCAGGAUGGACUCCACUGUCUCACGGUGCUGCGCAGAGUGAACGAGGACACACCCACUGAAGAAGUCUUUCUUAAACUGUAUCUUUUAGAAGAAGGAAACCUGCCAUUUGAGGAAAAAAAUCUGUACUCAGAUCCAGCAUAUGUUGCGUUCAUGUUGAUGGCCGGUGCUGUUAGUAACGUUGCUGAUGCUGACAUCGACAGAUACUGGAUCACAUCCCGCUUCUACAGAUACUUCCUCAAGUUCAGCGAAAAUCUUCCUCUCAUGCCGGAGAAGACCGUCCUCUGCCUGAAGAAGGAAGAUGUUGACAAGAAGCUGCUCCUUCAUCUGCAGGAGAACAACGUACUGAGUUCUCUCCCUUUGAUGGACUGGUUCAGGUGCUGUUUUGCAGGUGUUCUACCGGACAUUUCAUUUGAAAGGGUGUGGGACAAGGUGCUGGGGGGAUCCCCAUCGAUCCUGGUGUUUGUAGCAGUCGCCAUUUUCCUCACCUUCAGACGACCUCUUCUGAGUAUGAACACUACAGAUGAAAUGGUCGCCUAUCUUAGGAAGAUCCCUGAGGACUGUGGUGACAAGCUUGUGAGUGAUGCUGUCGAGUUGUGGCAGAAACAUGGAUUCCAUAUGAUGCAGCCCAAGUCUGACUCCCCUGUCCAUGACAAGACUGGAACCUGAUGGGUGGGCCGUCCUCAGCCUGUAACUGUCUACAUCUACCUGUGUCUGCCUUGUGUCACCCCCAUCUGUCACAUCUCAUCUCUCCAUCCAGGUGCACAGGUACACCAGAUUAUUCAAGAUAUACAACUGGUGUGAUUCAAGAUAUAUGCCUGAUGUGAAUCAAGAUAUACACCAGGUUUAAUUCAAGAUAUAUCAGCUGCUGUUUGCUUCCACCGGUCUAUCAUGUGAUUGUUGAUAUAUCAAUAUGAGUCGAUGCACUCAGGAAGGUAUGGUCCUGUGAGGAACCAUCUGGCUGCCACAACUGGCUUCCUGUCCAAGCUGACUGGGGAUUGGAUGGCCAUCACCACCUGGUUGUUGGUGAAGCCGAUCGGCCUGACCUGUUUGUCAUGGACUGACAGACACACAAUUGGAAAAGUGCAGAGUGUGUCGCAAAAGUACAUUCAUUCAAAUUAAGUUAUGAUGCUCAAAUUAAAACUUAUUUUCCUUUUCA